AUGCCUGAGAUGGGCAAGGUCAGUGCUGCAACUGUUGCUGCCGGUCUUCGUUCAAGUUUCAAACGUAUAACAGCGGCAUUCAUCGUUGGUAUCUGUGGAGCAGCACCGUUUCGACCCGAUGACCAGACCGAGAUCAUCUUCGGCGACAUCGUGCUAAGUGAAACACUUGUUCAAUAUGACCUAGGCAGGCAGUAUCAUAACAUAUUUCAAAGCAAGGCAACCCUGGAAUCCUCCCUUGCACGACCUGGCUCCGAGAUUCGUUCACUGUUGGCAAAGUUGAAAGUGACAUCGAAUCGCCUCAAAAUUCAACAUGACAUUCUGCCACAUAUCGCAGCGUUGCGGAAGAGUCUACCACGGACCAGGUACCCAGGUGCAGAGACAGACAGGUUCUAUCAGUCAUCAUAUAUUCACAAGCAUCGAACAAACCCUACGCCAUGUGCCAUCUGUGAGUCCGCGCUACCGAUAUUCUGUCCAAGAGCCGCGGAAGCAGACUGCAAUGGAAUCGGUUGCGAGUCAAACAUGUUGGCACCCCGUCAGCGACUUUCUGGGGACCAAGGGGUAAAAUUUGCACCAAGCGUUCCAACGCCACAAGUGCACCUUGGUCGGAUAGGUUCGGCAGAUACAGUAAUGAAAUCAGCAGAGCAUCGUGACCGCGUGGCAAAAGAAUUCGGCCUUGUUGCCUUUGAGAUGGAAGGCGCUGGGGCUUGGGACCUAUUCCAGAACACACUCGUCAUCAAAGGAGUCUGUGAUUAUGCUGAUAGCCACAAGAACAAGCGAUGGCAAUGGUUUGCUGCUGCGACUGCGGCGUCUUGUCUUAAAGCGCUACUGAAUGAUUGGGAUCUUGCCGAUCAAGUCGCAUCACGAGAUUCCAGUCGUUCCACAGAAGGCGAGUAUUAUCACCUGAUGGAUUAUGACUAUUGGACAUACCGAACUGACAGCGAUGUUCGACGACUCGUUCCAAAAUAUCUAGACCAUCACUUUAAUGGAGAGUGGCUCAUGAUAUUGGAUAAUGCCGAUGAUACCAAUUUAUGGAGCACAUUGGGACAGAGUUGGAGCAGUCCAGACAAUCUGGUAGACUGUCUUCCGAAAGGCUUGAAAGGUUCCAUUCUUGUCACAACUCGAAAUCGCCAAAUCGCCACGACGUUGGCAGGGAGAUACGCUGUAGAAAUACUGGAAAUGGAAUUUGACCAAGCUGAGGAUAUACUGCGAAAUCAGUUGAUCAGCACACAAAUUCUGAGUGAUACUUCAAGCUCUCGAAAGCUGCUUGAGAUGUUGACCUGCCUCCCGCUGGCUAUUGUACAGUGUGCUUCCUAUAUCAACCGGAAUAACAUCUCCGUCAAAACAUACUUGCAGCUACUCAACGAACCAGAGGAUGAGGUUAUCGAACUCCUCAGCAAGGACUUCAAUGACGAGGGACAUCAAAAUCCCAUUGCUACUACAUGGCUGCUCUCUUUCAACCAGAUUCGAGAGCAGGACCCAGACGCAGCCCAAUAUCCCGCAUUCAUCGCGUGCAUUGGCGAAAAGAAUAUCCCCUAA